AUGCCAGGAAGACGGUCGAACGUCCUGAAUAACCUCAAGAACGAUGCCCCGAAAUCCAAAUCCGGCGGUGGAAAACGCAAACUCGGAAGAGGCCUUGAUGCACUAGCCAUCGCCGAACGUGAAUACCCCCAGAAGUCUGGUGUCAAACUACACCGUCUCGGGGACGACGACGAUGAUCAUGAUUCCAGACGCAAGCGAGGAUUCCGCCAAGACGCCGAUGAUGAUGAAGCUCCAUCUAAGAGAAGAAAAACAGAGGAGUCGGACCUUAGCGAGGACGGUGGAAGCGACAGCGAGGGCAACGAGUGGAGGAUAGGCCAAGUGGAUAGCGAAAAUGAUAGUGAGAUUGCCAGUGAUGAGGCUUUUGGGUCGAGCGACGAAGAGAGGUUCGAAGGCUUUACUUUUCGUGCCAGCUCGACAAGGAAAGGCUCAAGAGCACCAUCCAAGCCCGGACGCAAAAAUCAGAGUGUCGACCUAUCUGAGGGCGAGCGGGAUGGCAAAGAGAGUCCCUCCGAAGAUGAACUGGAAGAUGAACUGGAAGAUGAUCUUGGGGAUGACGCGGUGGAUCUGGCCGCUGCAUGGGAUAUGAACGCGGAGGAGUCAGAAGAAGAGAAACGGAAAUCUGCCGCAAAAGCGCGGAAAGAAAAUGGCAAGGAGGACGCAGAGAGUGACGAUGAAUCUUCUACAGGCACGGAAAGCGACGGUGAAGAGGACGAUGAAUCUGAUUUAUCUCUAUCCGAAGAUGACGGUGCUACUGAUACGCGCGGCCUGUCGAAGCUUCAACGAUUUGUUAAUGCACUCAAAUCGGAAGAUUCAGACGAAAAGAAAGCCGGUCAAAGCACUUCCAUUACCCUCCAAGGCAGUGAACCGACAGAGUUUGGCUUGAUAUCAAGUCGAAAGCUUACUGUUGCCGAUUUGCUGCCUACGAUCUCCGACUCUCGUAUGAAAGGCUCCUUAAAGCACCUUCAUGUUAGGACUGCUGAAAAGAAGAGCAAAAGCGGUGGGAUUCCGGGGAAACUUGAUGUCCCUCUUUCUAAACGCGAACAAGACCGCCUCGAUCGGACUGCUGCUUACCAAAAGAGCAAAGAAACAUUAGACAGGUGGAUUGACACCGUCAAGGCAAAUCGACGGGCGGAACAUCUGUCGUUCCCGCUUCCAGAGACCGCAUCCAUACAAAAUGCCAAGGUGACGGAUUCAAAACCGAGGACUGACCUCGAAACUACAAUCCAAAAUAUCCUGGUUGAAAGCGGCCUAGCAAGUUCGAAUGGCAAGGAUGCGGAGGAUCGUAUCCAAGAGUUCGAAAAGUUACAAACGAAUAAGCUCUCCAUUGAAGAGCUGCAAGCCCGUCGCAACGAGCUUCGGAGAGCGCGUGAAUUGCUUUUCCGAGAAGAAGUACGCGCAAAGCGAAUUAAAAAGAUCAAGAGUAAAUCUUAUCGGCGUGUUCAUCGAAAGGAGCGAGAGAGAAUGGAACAACGUGAAAGGGAUGCUCUAGCCGCGGCCGGAGUAGAUAUGGAAGAAGAGGAUCGGGAGCGAGCUGAUCGGUUGAGAGCAGAGAUGAGAAUGGGCGCUAAGCACCGUGAGAGUAAAUGGGCAAAGAGUGUGAAGCAAACGGGACGCGGAGCCUGGGAUGAGGAUGCACGUGCUGGCAUAGCUGAGCAAGCUCGCAGAAGAGAAGAGCUACAGAGGAGAAUAGAGGGGAAGCGAGUUCAGGAGGAAGGUUACACGGGCUCAUCGGGUUCGGAGUCGGAAGAAGAUGAUAUCGAUCCUUUUGACAAUGAAGCUGAGUCGGAAGAUGAGGUCCGAAGGCUGCAGCGAAAACUGGAGAAAUUGGAGGGUGAUGGGGCUGCAGAGGAAGAACUCACAGGGCCGCAUGCUAAGUUACUUUCCAUGAAGUUUAUGCGAAACGCCGAGGCUGCUCGAAAGGCUGCCAACGACGCCGAAAUCAAGAAACUCAAUCGUCAGUUCGCUGGGGAAGAGUCAGCAUCAGAAAUAGAAGACGAUGAUGGAGGCCGGCGGCGUUUCGGCAAGAGUGAUCAAGGCACCUCCAACAAAGAAUUGCCCGUGGCGAAACGACAAGAGUUUGAAGAGCCUACCUCUGACGAUGAAAAUCUACCUGAGGCUGAUGAUGACAUUGACAUUCGUGUGGAUGGUAAAACAAACGGGAAAACCAAACAACGGGCGCAAGCGGCUUCGCUCCGCAACAAGCAGCGCGCACAGACCAAAUCUAAGCCUAAUGAUGCAGACACGGACAUAAAUCCAUGGCUAUCAGAAGGCACAAAACGGUCACGGAAGAAGAAAGGAGCGGUGGAUGGUAGCAUGGAUAUUACCCUUAUUGAAAACACUGGCGCAGCCAAACAGGAAGUGGAAUCAAAACAGAAUGGUUCUCUCAAAGAAAAGGCUGCCACCCAACAACGCCAGAAGCCCGGUGGACACGAGGACGACGUUUCCGAUGACGAAGAGUCACGCGUCCCGAUCUUACUUCAGAACGAAGAGCUCGUCAAGAGAGCAUUUGCCGGCGACGAAGUCCUGGAGGCCUUUACCAAGGAAAAGCUUGAGACUAUUGAGGAUGAAGGGGAUAAGAUCGUUGAAGACACUCUGCCUGGAUGGGGCAGUUGGACAGGCUCUGGCCUCACGAAAAAGGAGAAGAGAGAGGCUAAGGCCCAGCGGAGUUUUAAAACCGUCGAGGGGAUAAAACCUGCUAACAGAAAAGACGCAAAGUUGGAUCGAGUGAUUAUCAACGAAAAGCGGGUGAGAAAGAACACCAAGUAUCUUGCUUCUCAGCUACCCCAUCCGUUCGAGUCCAGGCAACAAUACGAACGAUCUCUUCGUGUACCCAUAGGUCCAGAAUGGACUACCAAGGAAGUCUUCCAGGACAGCACUAAGCCCCGCUUGAUGGUGAAACAAGGCGUUAUCAAGCCGAUACAAAGGCCUCAUGUGUAA